UUUUGGGUUUCAUCCACUUAUAAUUAGUUAUUGAUCUUUGUCAUGUUUCAACAAUUUACAGACAUAAAUGGGAUAUGUCAAAGCUUAGCAGAUGCUGUGUUUUCUAGUAAGAGAAAGUUGUUUUUGAAAAAUAAGUUUAACUUUGUUUAUAAUGGAGAAAUAUUUGAAGCCAUAUGACAAAGAAUUCAUGAAGAUGGCAAUGUUAAAGCACGAGGAAACAUUCAAACAACAGGUGUAUGAACUUCAUCGUCUUUAUCAAAUUCAAAAGGCACUAAUGAGAAGUAUGGCUAGCCAAAACCAAGAAGGGUGUCGAUAUAUAAAGACUAAGCCUCGUUUGGAUCAUCAAAUCAACCAAAAUAUGUCGACUCUACAAGGGUUUCGUGAUCAACUCGAUGAUACUAUGGAAUUGGACUACAAUAGGGUUCUAGAGAUUGAGGAUGAAAGCCAAAUCGAGUUGACACUCGGUCCGACAAGUUUUAAUAAAUCAACAAAGAGAGUCGAGACAAAAACAAGAACAUCAGAAUCCGGGCGGAGCUUUUCUUCUUCUACUUCUACAGGAUCAAGCCAUAUGAAGAAUUUCGGGACAACAAGGAUAAACGAGAGAAGAAGAGAAGAGUUAAGUUUUGACUCGGGUGAAGAGUUGAAUCAAAGUAAGAUUAAACAUGACUAUCCGCCUUGGCUUUUCCAAUCUCUAACCCUAAACUUGACUUGAUUAUCAUGAGAUUGUUCUUGUUUUUUUUUUUCAUCUUACUCUUAUUUGGGCUAGAAAUUAGGAUGAUAUUGAUUAGAUAGGUUCUGAGGGUUAGCCCACUAAUCAUGUUUCCAUUUUCUUACUUCAUAAUCUAAUUAUGUUUUU